UCGCAGCUACAGUACUCUGAGGAGAGCUGUGUUCAUCAGAUUUGAGAGUAUGUGGUUCACAUUUGUUCUACUUCAACUUCUGCCUUUGCUCACCCUCGGUGCCCGUUGUCCCGAUGGGUGCGUUUGUGACAUUAGGGGUUCUGCAGAAUGCACUGGGGACAUCACUGACAUACCCCCUCUCAACCCAGCUGCAACCUUCCUACUCCUGCUAAACGACACAAACAUAAAGGUCCUCAAAGACAGAAGUUUUCAGCCGUUCUCUCUUCUGAUACGACUGAUGAUCACGCAUAGCACUCUUGACAUCAUCCAACCAGAAGCCUUCCAUGGUGCUCCACAGCUUCGGUCCAUCAAGCUCUCUUCAAAUGCACUGUCUGUCCUCCCAUCCAAGGUGUUUAAUGAGUUGAGUAACUUGGAGGACCUGCAGCUAGAUGGUAACCGAAUAGCUUCCAUUAGUUCAGAACUCUUUGAGGCGUUGGUCAACCUAACUGAACUAAAUCUGAGCAAGAACCGCCUUUCGCAGCUGGACGCCGACGUCUUCCAGAGAUUGACCAAGCUGAAUUACCUAAACUUAGCUGAUAACCAACUGAGGAACCUCCCGAAGACCCUUUUCCACAACCUCCGGCAACUCAAAUCUCUGGUGCUCUCGUCCAACCAGUUGGAGACUCUUGAAAGUGGUUCCUUUGACCAUUUAAGCAAUUUGUUGGUGCUAAUGCUACAGAGGAACCAGAUCCGAGAGAUUCCUCCACGUCUUUUCUGGCACUUGCCGUCCCUGCUCACCCUUUCAAUGUCGAGCAACCAACUCCAGUAUAUUCCAGCCAAGAGCUUCUACUACUUACCCAACCUGACCAAGCUAACCUUCUACAAGAACCCCUUGAUAUCUCUACCUUACCAGCUAAUGGGACACAUGCCGAGACUCCAAGAUCUGUAUCUUUAUGAAACCAAUCUAUCCACUGUCCCUUGGAACCUUUUUGCUAACAUGACCAACCUACGGACUCUCAAUUUAUACUUCAACAAGUUGACCUCACUACCAAAAAGCCUCUUCUGUUGCCUGCCCAACCUGAAGAAACUGUCUCUGAGGAACAACAACCUUCGGGAACUGGACCCAGAGCUUUUCUCGAACUUGAAUAGCCUUGAAAUUCUGAUGCUUAAUGAGAACAAGCUUGAGACUCUCCCAUCGGCAAUCUUUCGCAACACCUCAAAACUAGAAAUGCUAGACCUGAACCACAACCAUCUGAGGUAUCUCCCAGGAGAUGUUUUUGCACACCUAAUGGUGCUAAAGUACCUCUCUCUUAGCGGCAGCAAAUGGAAUUGCGACUGUAGCAUUAUGGGUAUUGCAGAAUGGAUUCGUGAAAACUCAAAACUAAUCAGUGACUUGGACAAAGGAGUAACAUGCUAUGAACCAUAUCGCUUAGAAAACCAUCCUCUACAAACUCUGACUUACGCAGAACUCCAUUGUGGUGUUUUCCAGACAACAUUUAUUGGUUUAAAUGCCAUUACCAAUAGGGCUCCAGUGAAAACAGCAAGAAAUACUGCGACUGCAACUACAACGACUUUUCCAACAGCCACCUCUCUACUUUCUGAUCAUAUUUAGGUGGAACAAGGCUAUGGUAACAACAAUGAUAUGGCAUUCUACGAUACAAUUGUGCUGGGUAAUGAACCUCAAAUUGUGCACAACAAUCAUUAUAAUGGAUGGGUGUACCUGUGGACUGUCCCAUCGACGGGUCCCUACAGUGGCUUCAUGAUGGCUUUGUACAUUGUUCUCUUGGUCACUGGUGUGGUUCUGAUCGCGGCAAGCUUAUAUGCAUUGUAUCAGCUUCAUAAGAUGAUGCGGGUGUUAGAAAAAGUCACUAUGGGAGAAAAUCAGAGACUAAUUGCUAGAAGAGUACGAAGCUUCCAAAUCUAA